ACGCGCGCGCGCGCUCCUCACAGAGGCUGGUUCCCGGCCGGAGGCUCGGAAGAGUUCCAGCUGCGGUCAAAACGGACGCGCCGGGGCGCGCGUUCAGGUCCUCUUGUCCGCCUUUUCGACCGGCUUCCCGUUCCAGCUACCGACCAUCUAGCCUGCCCUGGUCUCUGAGCAAGGGCCUUCCUCUUGUUGCUCCAAGAGAUUCCCAAAGAUGUCAACUCAAGGACAUACUUGGGCCCGUCAGGUGAAGAAGGAGGGUGAGGAAGAGGACCCCCUGGACCAGCUGAUCUCCCGCUCGGGCUGUGCUGCUUCCCACUAUGCAGUGCAGGAGUGCAUGGCCCAGCACCAGGACUGGCGACAGUGCCAGCCACAGGUGCAGGCCUUCAAGGACUGCAUGAGUGAACAGCAGGCAAGGCGGCGAGAAGAGCUGCAGAGGAGGAAAGAGCAAGACAGUACCCACAGCUGAGCCCCCAAACCAUCCAUCCCCAGAGGAUGGCCUGCAGAAACUAGCACCCAGACAAAUCCUAAACAGUGGAAGUGUGGGCCAAAAGGUAUAAAACUCCGGGAUAGUCUUUGGGGUUGGGGUUGAGAGCCAGGCAGCCAUGGGCUUGGACAUGACUGUCAUAAAGAAAGACCUGUCAUAUAUUUUAUUUGUUUAAAAAUCUUUAUUGUUGAAAGUAUUACAGAUGUUUUCCUUUUAUCCCCCAUUGAUCCCUUCCACCCUACUCCCCUUCUCCCCCCACCUUCAUCACACCAUUGUCCAUGUCCUCUACCCUACAUCUUGGGUCAGUGUGCCAAGUACUGAGCUAAUUACAUGGACAUUGAAUUUUAGAAGUAAAUUCACAAUCUAAAGGUAAAUGGUUACCUAGUAUGUCUUCAUUUAUUCAGUCAUUGGUUCAACAAUAGCCAGUUUUCCUCAGACCUCACAUGCCAGGCACUGUUGGAAACUGAUGUGAUAAAUAAUAUGAUCUUUGCCUUCGUGUCUAGUUUGAGAGACAAAUAAAACAACACUGGAACAACUAAAUAAUUCCUGACAAUUAUAUAAAUGACUUUAUCUU